AUGGAAGUAAAUCAAGUUAAAAAUGGUAACUAUCAUCACUAUUACGAUUUCCGUGCGUCGGAUAGUCGCUCGGCAAUACUAAAAGCAUUGCUCGAAGCACUGGACGGGGCCCUCAGGCAACCGAGCGACGAGAGCCUUUUUCUGCUGGACGUCGGCUGUAAUCUGGGCCACUUCACCGCCAAAGUAAAAUGCAUCUUGCACGAAGUCACCGGCCGUAAGAUUAGUGCCGCCGGCUUGGACAUUGACCCGGUGCUGUGCGAACGAGCGAGUAGCGUCACCCCCGAUGUGGCCUUUCUCUGUGGGAACAUUCUCGAGAUCGCAACCGAACGGCAGCCGGAAGAUCCGGUUGCGGACUACAUGCGCCGGCACGGAAUAGCGGAGUUCGACGUAGUAUGUUGCUUCUCUGUGCUAAUGUACGUUCACCUGAACGGUGGUGACGAUGGUCUGCGGUCCGCUCUGGACUACUUGUGCCGCAGGGGAAAGUUUUUGAUACUAGAACUACAACCGUGGAAAAAGUACCGUGACCAGGUGCGACGUCUCAAGCGGUCCUCCGGCGAGGAAUACCCGAGGUACGGCGAUCUAGCCUGGCGAGGUGGAUGUGGCAAACUAGAGGGCUUCAUUACGGGCCACAUCGUAGGGAACGGAUUUGAACUGCUGCAAGAGUCUAGCGAGCGGAGUGAAUUCGAUCGCCAGUUGUGGGUUUUCCGCAGAAAAGCGAACAACAUUUAA